AGUAGUAACAGCGGAGUAUUUUGUGAGCGAUUUCCUCGUCCUUCGGUCAUACCAGGUCAAAGACAGAAAGAGACGGAGAAAGACUUUGAACUAAAAGUGUUACCGGGUUUGGUACGUUUGACCUACUGUUGGAUUGCGCGUAGGAUAGAAGAUGAGACUGUACAUCCUAGGCACAGUUGUGUGCUUACUAUUGUGGCAAUGUAACGCAAAUCCAAUAGUAACAAUAACAGCAGACCACGAAAGUAGGUCUUUAGAACAAAAAUCGCCAGAAGUAGAAAAACAAAUAGAAUCACAAGGAAUAGUACAAGAAGAAACGAAAGGAGUUUUCAAGACUGACGAAGCUGAGGUUAAAGAAACAAAGACUGAUCAAGAACCAGCACAAGAAGACAAAGAAAUUGAAAAUAAACCAAAAGUAGAAACAGACUUGGUACAACCCGAGAAAGUCGACGAUAAAAAACCAGUAGAGCACAAAGUUGUUAAAAAACAAAAGGAAAAAGUAAAAACCAAGGGAAAGGUUAAAGGGCGUCAGUCGGGAGACGAUGACGAUGACGACGAUGAUGACGACGACGAUGAUUUGGAUUUAGGAGUUGAUGAUGAUGACGACGACGAUGACGAUGAUGACAGUCCCGCCGAUGAUGACGACGAUGAUGAUGACGAUGAUGACGACGACUACUUUGGAGGAUUUUUAGAUGAUAUUUUAGGCGGUGACGAUGAUGACGACGACGAUGAUGAUGACGACGAUGACCCUAUCCAGGUAGCUCAACCCCAACCACAACCGAUUGAGCCAAUUGAAGCAGUACCUGUGGCACCAUCAGAGCCUGCAGAUGUUGGAGAGGCAGGUGCUGAGGUAAACCCAAGCGAUGAAUUGGACGCCCAAGAAAUUGCAGCAGGAGAUGCCGAAGGUGCAACUGGUACGGACGAAACAGGCGUGUCACAAGACUCUGACUCAGCCAUCGUCGUCAAAGAUCCAGUGGCGGUGGCACAACCGGUAGAAAAUUCCGUUGAACCGAUUAUAGUACAACAAGUGCCCGCCACCACUGACGAUGACGACGAUGACGACGAUGACGAUGAUGACGACGAUGACGAUGACGAUCCUGUUAGUGACUUAGUUGACGAUGACGAUGACGAUGACGACGAUGACGAUGAUGACGAUGACGAUGAUGAUGACGAUGAUGAAACCGGCCUGGAGGAUGUCAUCGAAGCGAAGAGAUCACGUGCCCUUCCAGUCGCGCAGCCUAAGAUGCCGGCAAUCUACAUUUCGAAAUACAACAAGUUUGUUGACAGUAUCAUAGGCCGCAUCAACAGAAUUUUGGGAAAGUCUUAUGACCCAGUCAGAGUCAAACUCCAGCCAUUAGAGGACAAAACAAAAAAGACAAAGAAUACAAUCAAAAAAACUACUAACUCUCAGAAAACUACCAAUAAAAAGACUACUAAUAACAAGACUGCAAAUAAGAAGACCACAAACAAAAAAACCAAGAAAAAUAAGGGCAAGAAUAAAACAAAAACUAAUAAGGGUAAAAAUAAUUUACUAACGAGAACUAACAAUGUUGGUAUGACCAAUAAAAUGGGCGAACUUUCUAUAUCAAGAGGAAAUCAGAUUGAAAUUAGCGAACCCAAACUUAUAGAAAGCGAAACACGAGAACCUGCCUUUGUGUUAAUAUCCAAAACAGGCUCCGAUGAUUUCAUUAGAAACAUCACUGUUACUACAUCUGAAAUCAGAGCAAACCCAAAACGACCCAAUAACAAAAAGAAAAAUAACACGAAAACUAAAACGAGCAACAAAAACAAAACGAAGAACAAAACACAGACUAAAACAAAAGCUACCGUCAAAAAAGCGAAACAGACAGCUAAAGCCACACUUUUUGGACUAAGUACAAUAAAGAGGGAAGGAGAUGUUAUAGUUAACAUGCAAUCUGAUCAUACCACAGUGAAAACUAAUUUUAUUUUGGGACCUUUAACACUAAGGGUUGAACGAGAGGUUGGCAAAGGGGCUAGAAGGGAACUGAAGAGUGCUACCGCUACUACGGCUGAAAUGUAUGGUAGAUUAAAUUUAAGAAUCGUACAUGGAGGUACCGCGUCCUUACAUUCAAUACGGGUUCUUCAACCUAAACAAGUUAGAGUAGACAGUGCUGAUAACCACGACAAAACUAGGGAAUAUAUUUGGAAAAGAAGUGCACAUAUAGCCUCAUUAGUUUCCGAAAAACUGACUGCUGUAGCCAAGUCUAUGUUGGGGCAACAAAUUCAAAAUUACUGACGUGUAUCUUAUUUUUGACUGAAAUAUUUUGCUACAACUAUUUAAGACAUUAUCUGGAAAGAUAAUUAAGUAAGAAAAAUUUUACCAAAAAAUAGUUUAACCAGUCAAUAUUAACACUUUUGAUACGUAUACAAAAAUCAUAUGAUAUACAGAGUGGUUAGUAAGUAAUUUUUCAAAAUGAAUUGGAAGAUUCUUGGCCUAAAAAUAUUACGAUCGGACGCAACUUCUUGUUGCGUCCUAUGUCCUAUUUCGAGGCCAAGAAUUCCCAUUUUAAUUUGAUACAUUACUUCCGGACUACCCAAUGUUUCUACAGCUGUGGAUAGAUUUUUGGUAUUUCAGAUUUUCUCGUGAUAGUCUCUAACGUUAUUCUGGAUGAUGUAUUAUAAUGGUGAAAGCAAGAUAAUUUGUGAUUAAGAACUAAUAAUAUGCGUAAUUUUACCAAAUAUUUGAAUACAGUAGACCAAAACAGUGAAGAGCAGGUGCGCAGGUCAUAAAAAAGAAGUACUUAAAAGACGGAUAUGCACGUCUUUAUCGUUUGUAAUUUAGUACAUUGCGAAGUCUUGUCCGAUAGCUUAUUGUUAUCUUAUGUACGUAAAUCUACACUUCUCCAAGAAAUUAAAGCACCACCUUAAAAAUGGAUAGUGGAGUCAAUGAAGGUGGAUAUGAGUUAUUACCUCAGAUUUCGUUGAACCUCCAUCGAUUUUCAUAAAAAUUGGUGAGUGGUUAAAGAAUAUCUCAAGGAACAAAGGUUACAUAGUGCCAACUUGCGCUUUUUGCAUUUUAGGGGUGAAAUACACCCCUCUUUUAAAAAUUAUUUUUUAGAUUUCUGAAAGUGCAGUCACUGUAAGUUUCCACUUCCUAUUUCGUUGAACCUUCAUCGAUUUUCAUGAAAAUCGGUAAGUAGUUAGAGGAUACCUCAAGCAAUAAAAGUUAUAUAGCAUCAACUUGCGCUUUUGCAUUUUAGGGGUGCAAUACACCCCUACUUUCUAAAUUGUAAAAAAUGCAGAUUUCCGCAUUAUGGCGCAAGUAAUCUCGUUUAAUUAAGAAAAAUAAAUAUUUUUUUAUAUUUAUGUGCAUGAAUUACCUUUUCUUUUAAUUUUUCAAACCUUAUAGCAACCAAAAAUCCGAAAAUUAACAAGUCGAAAAUCACGAAAACCUUAUUCUUCUAUAUUUCUGAAAGUGUAGUCACUGAAUGUUUUCACCCACGAUUUCUUUGAACCUUCAUCGAUUUUCAUGAAAAUUGUUGAUUAGUUAGAGGAUACCUCAAAAAACAAAAGUGAUAUGGCACCAAGUUGCGCUUUCUGCAUUUUAGGGGUGAAAUCCACCUUUUUUUUUAAUGAUAAAAAUGCAGAUUUCAGCAUUCUGGCUCAAGCAAUCUCGUUUAAUUAAGUAAAAUAAAUAGUUUUUUACAUUUAUGUGCAUGAUUUAUAAUUUUUAUUAAUUUUUCAAACCUUAUAGCAACCAAAAAUCAGAAAAUUAGCAAAUCGACAAUCACGAAAAUAAUUAUUCUUUUAUAUUCCCAAAAAGGCAGUCACUGAAGGUUUUCACCCCUGAUUUCGUUGAACCUCCAUCAAUUUUCAUGAAAAUUGGUAAGUAGUUAGAGGAUACCUCAAGAAACAAAAAUGAUGUGGUACCAACUUGCGCUUUUAUCCUGGGGGUGCAUGUUACCCCUUCUCAUGGGUGACCACUAUUUUAUUAAAAAUAACCCCAUAAUUAGAUAGAGGAGUAAAUUCUAAGCAAACUUUCUUUUAUCAAGUUUAUAAAUUUUUUAUUUAAAUAAUAUUUCAUAAUACAGUAAAACCUGACAAUAACGGCCACUAAAAAUAGAAAACAAUUGGCCGUUAUAGAAAUGUGGCCGCUAAUGCUAGAUUUCCUUUUCCACAAAUACAUAAAAUAUAAUUGAAAAUUUAUUUAUUUUAGUAAUUAAAGCAAAUCUAAUUAAAUAUAAUUCUACAAACAAACGGAAUAUACUAAAACUAAAUUCAAUUUACCUACUACAAUAUAAAACAAUAUCUAUACGAAAAAACAACUACAAGAAAAACAGAAUUUUUGUUUAUUUUACAUUUUUUUAGAUAAACGAAACAUACUAAAACUAGUUUAAUAUAGGUAAUACAUAAUAUAAAACAACAUACUAUAGCUACUACGAAAAAUACGCUUAUCACUAAAGUAUCGUCGUGCUUUCAUACUAUAUUCAACAAAACCAACUUGGUACGGCCUUUAAUUAGAUAUCGCAAAUCACUUUGGCUGAUUUUGUCUGCAUAUAUAUUAUGUUUGAGGAAUCCUUUUUUUGUGAGACUGGAUAUAGGACAUUUCUCAAGUAUGAAGUCACAUUCAUGGUAUAUCGUUGCUACACAGGGAUAAUAAUCUGUGCAAUGUUAUGGUACAGGCUACGUUAAAUAUGAAGUAAAUGUGGAAGAUAUACACUGGUUAUUCAUUUCAAUUUAAUUUGAUUGUUUUUUAAUCGUUUACAAUAUUUAAAAUAAUUAAAGACAUAAAGUUAGGGAUUUCAAAAAUAAAUUCAGUUCUCACUGGCAGGGUGGGAAAUAAUAAAGUGCCAUACAAUAGCAUUUCAUUACAAUGUUCAUUACAGACAUUACAGGCUGCUCCGUUUGAGAAAACUCAUAUUCUCAAACUUUGAGAAAACACUCAUUCAGUUUCGACCAACCCUGUACUAGCUAAAAUUAAACGUUUUGCUAGAUUAAUAAUUUUUAACAAUAAUAGACUAUAUUAAAAAUCACUUGAACAUAAAUUGAUUUUCUGAUGUCAAAUCACUACAAUUAUAAAUGGGGUGAAUAUUGCUUUGAAAUUUGAAAGAAAAACGUAGUUAUCUUUUAAACAACUUCGUAUAACAUCACAAAACCUGAUAUUUUAAGAUAUGAAACAUAGAGGAGAAUCCAAAAAUGUAAAAAUAUACAGGGUGUUCCAUUAAACAAAAGAUAAUUUUGUUUCACCCUGUCAAUAUGGGUGGCCCUGUAUAUUUGGAAAUGUAUUUAAAUUCUGAUAUUAUCUAUGCCCCAAUCUCACCUAAAUAAACUUUUUUCGUAUCUCCUACAACAAUCGACUAAUUGGACUUCCCACAACCUGUAUGCAUACAAAAUCUCCGCUAUAAAAUUUUUUCAAAGAAAAUGUUAUUGGUUUUCUUUUAAAAUAACUCCGUUAAUUUUUGAAAUAUGAGAUUUAUCCAAAAACCAUUGCAAAGCUAAGUAAAAGGUCUAUAACACUGUAUUAAACAUAAUUUUCUAAAUCCUUUAUUUUUUUUUUAAAUACAAGGUGAAAGGGCCCUGCUUACAUGGUUCUCGCAGUAAAAUUUAGGUUUUAAAUGUUUCUAUCUCGGUUAUUUUUUGUCGUAAAAAAUAUUAAAAAAAGAAAAAGCUUAAAUAAAGUUAAAACUAAAAUUUUGUUCUCUACCAUUUUGUAAGUAUAUCGAGUAUUUUUGGAGUUAUUAUCAAAAGAAAAUGAAAUUCACGAAAAUUUGAAGAGUUCUAAUUUUUUUUAAUCGUAUUUUUUUUUCAAAAAUAUGCAUUCUAAACCAGUCAAAAUUGGUGAAGUUAUUACUCAUGUUAAAAUAAAUAAAGUUUUUAAUGGGUUACUAUAAAUUUUAAUUUUUGUGGAAAUGACGUAUGUUUCAUUUUUCAUUCUUCCUUAAAAAAUCUGAAAGGGUCCUCUUAUUUCCAUCAUAACUUGCUUAAUUUUGAUGCUAUCGACUUCUUAUAUAGCUUUUUGAUAGUUACCUUUAAGUACUUUAUUAAAAUGUUUAGUGUCUAUAUUUAACAAAGUGCAUCGUUUUCCUGUUAUUUAAGCUUGAAUACUAAGAUUUGAGUACUCGCGGAAAAAAAUAUACAUUCAAUUGAAUAUAACUCACUUUGUAUAUGUAAUAAAGGAUUUUUCGAAUAAGGAGCUCAUUUAUUUUUAUAUUAUCUUCGAUUUUGGUAAUAACAACUUUUUUGGAGAAACUUAUGGUUUUUGAGUUAUUUAUGAAAAACUGUUUUAAAACAUGGAUUUUUUCAGGAAAAAUCAAAACAUUUGGUCUUUAAUAACUCAAAAACUAUUGAUUUAUUGUUGUUCUGAAGCUAUUUCCUUGUGGCAUUUUUAUGAUUAAUUAUUUAUAUGGGAAAUAAGCCACAAUUAAAAUGAAAAAAAUAAUUUUAUUAACUAAUUAUAAUUAAUAAUUAUUGAUUUAUUGGAAUAACUUUAUAUAAAAAAUUUAAUUAUAAUUUAUCCCUCUAUCGAUUAGUGGUAUUAUUUUUAAUAAAAUAAUUUCCACCCUUGAGAAGGGGUGGCAUCCCCCCCCCCCAGGGUAAAAGCGCAAGUUGGCACCAUGUCACCUUUGUUUCUUGAGGUAUCCUCUACAUACUUACCAAUUUUCAUGAAAAUCUAUGGAGGUUCAACGAAAUCGGAGGUGAAAACCUUCAUUGACUCCACUAGGAUAAUUUUUGAUGUCUCGAAUUUCCUAAACUUCUUGUCCGAAAUAAGUGUUAUUGUAACUUGACAGGUAAAUUAUCAUUGUAUCCGGAUUUACCAAUCAAACUGUGAUUUUUCUCAAAGUUCGCGUGACCCUGUGGAAUAUUCUAUCAUUUAUAAAAUACUGAAAUUAAAAUCCAACGCUAUAAACGCUAGAAUAUUCCACAGGAUAACGAGAACUUUUUGAAAAAAUCACAGUUUGAUUGGUACACCCGGUAUAAAAUGACAAUUUCCCUAUCUAGCAACAAUAUAUAACAAUACAGCGAUAUUGUUAAAGAAUAAGGCUAUUCGCUGUAAGUCGAUGAGUAGAGGGGAUUUGACAGUUUUCGCCAGCACUGUUAGUGGCAGUUUUUUGCAUUGAAUUUGAACAAUUUUAUCAGAAAAGUACAAGUUUCAAACCGCGAGAGAGCGCUACCGACGAAAUUCACAGCCAAUAAAAACAGAGGUAACCUUUAAAAUUCACACAAACUUCUUCUUUUUCUCAAUGGCCUCUUGCGUAAGCAGUCAUCCAGUAGCACGAAUUUAUAUAUUAAAUAUUAAAAUUAUAAUGAAUAAAAUAAAAAAAAAACAUAAUUACUUUUACUAUUAAUUCUGUGUAUUCGUUCAGUAAUCAGGUUACAAUAAUAUUUCAGUUCAUAAUUUGUGUUUUUCUAAAUAAAUAUCUAUUUUUCUCGUUUUGUUUAUUUCGCAUACACCAAUUUUAUUAGAAAAGUACAAGUUUCAAACCGCGAGAGAGCGCUACCCACGAAACUCACAGCCAAUAAAAACAGAGGUAACCUUUAAAAUUCACACAAACUUCUUCUUUUUCUCAAUGGCCUCUUGCGUAAGCAGUCAUCCAGUAGCACGAAUUUAUAUAUUAAAUAUUAAAAUUAUAAUGAAUAAAAUAAAAAAACAUAAUUACUUUUACUAUUAAUUCUGUGUAUGCGUUCAGUAAUCAGGUUACAAUAAUAUUUCAGUUCAUAAUUUGUGUUUUUCUAGAUAAAUAUCUAUUUUUCUCGUUUUGUUUAUUUCGCAUACACCAAUUUUAUCAGAAAAGUACAAGUUUCAAACCGCGAGAGAGCGCUACCCACGAAACUCACAGCCAAUAAAAACAGAGGUAACCUUUAAAAUUCACACAAACUUCUUCUUUUUCUCAAUGGCCUCUUGCGUAAGCAGUCAUCCAGUAGCACGAAUUUAUAUAUUAAAUAUUAAAAUUAUAAUGAAUAAAAUAAAAAAACAUAAUUACUUUUACUAUUAAUUCUGUGUAUGCGUUCAGUAAUCAGGUUACAAUAAUAUUUCAGUUCAUAAUUUGUGUUUUUCUGGAUAAAUAUCUUUUUCUCGUUUUGUAUACUUCACAUACACCAAUUUUAUCAGAAAAGUACAAGUUUCAAACCGCGAGAGAGCGCCACCGUCGAAACUCACAGCCAAUAACAUGUUAAAAAAAUUACUUAAAUCGGACAACAGGUUUAAGAAAUUCGAGACAUUAAAAAUGACCAAUUUUUAAGGUGGUGCGUUAAUUUCUUGGAGAAGUGUAGUAACAAUUGUUAUUUUUUUGUAAGUUUUAAAAUGAUAUUAAUUAUUUCUUGCUUUUGAUAAUUUAGAACUUAUCGCUUUCAAACAUUUCUAUAUCUAUUUAUAUCACAACUUGACAACACUGCACAGGAGUAACCGGCAAAUUAAUAUGAAAUUUUCCCCACUUUUUCGAAUUUUACUACUGCGCACUCAAACUUGCGUCUCUUCACUAUCUUGGGGUAGUGUAAAUACGAAAAGGAAAAUAGUCUGAAAAGUAUUAGUUUGGUACAUGGUUUAAUAAGGGAAAAUAAUAGAAAGGUUGUGUACCAUUUUCAGUCAAUUUAUUUAUUAACACACUUUAAGUAAACAUUUAAUAACAAAAUAAUUAGCCAAAUUCAUAUUUUUUCAUAAUUGGUCAAAUUGGACCAUAAGGCUCGUGUUAUCACUUCAUUUACCUUCUAUUAAUUUUAUUAAAGAUUUAUGGUAAAAUUUUGUGAGAUUCGUUCACUCGUUGUCUACACAUAUAUGACAUUAUUAAUGAAUUAUUUUUUAUAUUAUGUCUCUUUUUGUACUUGCUUAAGUAAAAUCCUGAUAUUAAGCUGCUCGUCCGUCCAAAAUAGCAUAGGUACAUCGACAUUUGUUUAUAAAUAAUUAUCGUAUUAUUUAAAUUUUAAAUUAAUUUAAGAACCUAGUUUAACUUAAAAAAAAUAGAAUGAUGAACCUUAAUGUUCAUAACCUCUCAUCAAUCUUAACUGGCAUAUCUUAAUUCUUAAGGCACGUAUCCACUAUGUUCGCGCACCUCUUGCGCUCCCUGCAACUGCUCCAAUGAAUACGGCAUAUGUGCUCUUCUACAUAUAAACCGCCACCGAUUGGAGCGCCGAAACAGAGAGAAACCACCACCAUGUUCACUGUUCACACUUACACAAAUGCUGUCACUGGCAAUCUUGAUCACGAUCACCUAUUUGGGACAAAAAAUUGUAAAUUUUUUCCUCUCUUAAAUCAAAUUUCCACAGAAAAUCACUUCUAAUUAUUGACUCCUUGUGUAGAAAAAGUAUAAGUGAAUAUUUGAUGAACCUCGAAAAAACCUUGAAAAGUGUAUUUCACCCAAAGAAGUUCUAGCGGUUUUCGUAUCUAUAGUCAGAGAACGAAAUCGUUGUCAGUGAUUCAAUUCGAAGUUCAUUACGGAACUUGAGGUGAAAGAGAAGUAAUUUCAGUGGCGUAUAAAAUUAUACUAUAAUUUUACGUGUAUAAUAAUUUCCAGAUUUAGCCAUACGGCUCACACUCCCUCUAAGGGGAAAAUUGACUCAUCCCAGAUACCUACGGUAUCAAAAGGAUUGAGCUCUGGUGGGACUCUUUCCGUGUUAUCGAGCCCUAGGUAACUUGGUAUGCAGGUGUUUCUCCCAAAAAUUUUCGUACACCUCUGGCCGUUGCGUGUAGUACAGCUUUCUGCAUGGUCUUGUAAAGAUGUUUGUUUAGACCCAGCUUUUUUAUGCUUUCGAGGAGGUUUUUCGGAAUGACUUCAGUAGCAGAGAUAAUAAUAGGUAUCGUCUGGGUACUUUGCAUUCUCAAUUGUCUUCGUAUUUGAAUUUCCAGAUCUCUGUACUUGGCGAUCUUUUCAGUAAAUUUACUACGUAGAUUAUUGUUGUUAGGUAUCGCCACAUCAAUUAGUGUUGUUUGUCUUGUUAAUUUAUUAACUAGUACGAGAUCUGGUCUAUUAUGUGCCACUAUUUGGUCUGUGAGCAUAGUGCGGUCCCAGUAUAGCUUGUAGUUGCCAUCCUCAAGCAUACUCUCAGGGACGUAUUGAUAAUAUGGGAGAUGGUCCGUUUGGAGAAGUUCCAGCUUGAUAGCGUAUCUCUUGAUGAAGGAUUUCCGUUCCUUGUAUUGUAUGUUGGAUCGUUUCUUGGGCUUGAAAUCCAUAUCGGCAUCUGUCGUUUUGAACCUGAGGGUCUUUGACGAUAUAUUUCAGGUAAUUUCUGGUUGGUAUAACCUGAUCCUGAAUGGCCAGUAAUGAACCUUCCGUUUCAGGGAACAUUUUUCCUGAUGUCAACCAAUAGUUCGACGCUGUAUUGUCGACAUAGUCUUGGCUGACCUCAUUGGGAUGUCGCCCGUGCAGAGGUUUACCCAUGCAGGUGCGCAUUUUUUCGUCUUUAGUGAGGUGAUUUAUGCGCAUUUCUGGUUCCCUCAGUUUAAUCGGUGUUGUGUCAUCUACUGCGCAAAUAGCGCGAUGUAGAGUAGAUGUCUCAGCUUGCCUCUGAAAAUAAGUUCUUAAAUUAGCAAUUUCUUUAUCUAAUUGCUCACCUAUAUCCAUAAGUCCUCUUCCUCCUAGAUUCCGUGGUAAUGUCGUUCGUUCUACUGCACUUUUAGGAUGGUGUUUUUGUGCCUUUGUGAGGUGUGUUCUUACUUUUCGCUGAAGAUUCUCUAUGUCCGUUUUUGUCCACUUAACAAUGCCAAACGAAUAGCUAAGCGCGGAACAUGCGUAGGUGUUUAGUGCCUAAAAAAAAUUUCUACUGUUACGGUGUGAACGAAGCAGCUGUUUUACCCUUCGUAUAAACUCAGUAGUUAUCUCAGUUUUCAUUUGCUUAUGGUCAAUUCGUUUUCACCCAUGGCCUCGAUGUUCUGGCCAUUUUGCAUAUCGAAUCCUCCGGGCUGUACUUUUCCUCUGACUAUAUUUAAAACGCGGACUUGUUUAGUCCGAAGUGCAUACUAAUAUCAUUUGAAAAGGAUUCUUCAGUUCUUAGCAUCUCAUCUAGUUGGUUUCGAGUGGAAGCCAUUAAUUUCAAAUCAUCCAUAUACAACAGAUGAUUAAGCUUCGCCAUCACAUUGUUGUUAUUUUUGAUGCUAAAACCUGCGUCAGUGGAGUUCAAUAGCUGAGAUAGUGGGUUCAUAGCUAGACAGAACCACAGUGGACUUAACGAAUAUCCUUGGAACAGGCCCCGGCUGAUUGCGAUAUUUUCAGUUUCGAUGUUAUUUUCACCAGGUAUUUGAAGGUGAAUUCUAGUCUUCCACUCUGUCAUUAUAUGCUGUAAAAAGGUCACUAUAUUAUCAUCGACUUUAUAUAUUCUCAAUAUAUCUAUAAGCCAUUCAUGCGGCACUGAAUCAAAGGCCUUCUUGUAAUUAAUGAAGGCAGUAAAUAGGUUCCUCUUUUUGGAAUAUGCUUGUUUAGAAAUGACUGAGUCGAUGAUAAGUUGUUCUUUGCAACCCAUGGAACCCUUAGCGCAUCCUUUCUGUUGACGCUCUAUGAUAUUGUUUAGAGCACAGUGUUGGUAGAUACGCUGGGCUACACAGGAUGUGACCAAUUUAUACAAAGUUGGAAGACAAGUAAUUCGGCGGUAUUUGGCUGGAUCUUGGGUGUUAUUUUGAUCCUUCGGUAUUAAAUAAGUGGUUCCCUGAGUUAGAAAUGUUGGUGUUUCCUACGGAUUAGAAAUAACAUUAUUAAUUAGUGUUGAUAAGCAAUCAUGAACACUCCAAAACUUCUUAAGCCAGAAGUUUUGAACUCCGUCUGGUCCAGGAGAUUUCCAGUUAUGAAGCUCUUUGAUGAGGUUUGAGACUUCUUCAGUGGUGAACGGUUCGUAGAGAGUAGUAGUGUAGUGUUGGCAGUUCUGUGUCGUAUCUUAUUCUAUCCAUCCAGCAUUGUUGUUAAGAGCUAAUUAUAAUUUUAUAAUUAUAUUAUUAUUUUAGUAAAAUUUCAUACAAUAAUUUACUGCCAAUUAUUUCGUUCUUUGAGUAUACCUCUCGAUAAAAUCCUUUGUCCGAUUUUAGCCUCAAGGUGAUGUAAUAUUUCGAGAUCAGUCACUCAUUUUGGAUGUCUUCACUCAUUUUCAUAAUAUGUAUUGUAUAAAUUAUUUUGGUAUAAAAAUAUCGGUGCCUUAAUUUAAAUAUCUAUUUAUUUAUUUAUUUAUUUAAUUUAUUGAAAUAUUUAUUUAUUUGUUAAUAUAUUUGUUUUUAUUUUUUACAAGCACUUUAUUAGAUAUGUACAAUAAUAAAAAUAGAUCAAAAAUUAA